AUGAGCGCAAUCCUGUCAGCAGACGAUCUGAAUGAUUUCAUUUCGCCGGGAGUCGCAUGUAUCAAACCAGUCGAAACCCUUCCACCAAAAGAUUCAAAGAAAACGGAAGAUGCCUAUGAAGUAACAACGGAAGACAAAGUGCAGCCUGAGAAUCUACCCCCCGCACAGAUUUCUUUGACAGACUGCCUCGCUUGCUCUGGCUGUGUUACUUCUGCCGAGGCAGUGUUGAUAUCACUCCAGUCUCAUGCAGAGGUCCUCAAUACACUUGAUGCGCACCCGGAGAUUCCCUUGGUGCAUGAGCAUCAUGGGGUGACAGUGAAUAACAUCGAAGACUCUGGAGAGGGUAAGAUCUUCGUGGCCAGUGUUAGCCCACAAGUCAGGGCCAGUCUGGCAACAAUUUAUGGGAUCUCGGAGAAAGAAGCGGGGUAUAUGAUCAACCAAUUACUUAGUGGCCCGCAGGGCUUGCGAGGUGGGGGCAAGCACAGAAAUGGGUUUACAUGGGUUGUCGACACAAAUGCCAUGCGAGAGGCUGUACUGGUACUCACUGCAGAUGAGGUUUCAGAUUCGCUUAGCUCAGGAGACUCGUCAACAGCGGGCCAGUCGGAUGACCCUCUGCCCAAACGCCCUAUUCUAUCCUCAGCAUGUCCUGGAUGGAUAUGUUACGCCGAGAAGACUCACCCUUUCAUCCUUCCACAUCUUUCUCGACUCAAAUCGCCCCAGGCUCUGUCGGGGACAUUCCUCAAAACCGUUUUGAGCAAGUCUCUCGGGGUUAAUCCGUCUCGAAUUUGGCAUUUGGCAGUCAUGCCCUGCUUUGACAAGAAGCUAGAAGCUAGUCGAGAAGAACUCACAGAUGUUUCGUGGCGACAGGGAAAUUCCACGGCCUCUGAAACACAGCCCGUUCGCGAUGUGGACUGUGUGAUCACUGCUCGUGAGCUUCUGUCUCUGGCUUCAUCUCGAGGUUUCUCAUUGCCAAGCCUGCCAUUGCAACCUCUGCCAUCCUCUUUCACCCCGCCCUUCCCUGAAAAAAUCCUUGAUUCUUUCCUUUCCUUCGAGCGCUCUCGGGCAAAACAAUCUAUUGCUACAGGUACCUCUGGAGGCUACCUACACCAUAUUCUAAUGAAUUUCCAAGCUCGCAACCCAGGCAGUGAGCUUGUGAUCAACCGCGGACGGAAUGUCGAUGUCGUCGAGUACGUGCUCUUGUCUCAAGAGGGUCCAACAAUUUUGAAAGCGGCUCGUUAUUACGGCUUUCGAAAUAUCCAGAACCUUGUCCGGAAGCUCAAACCCGCACGUGUGUCCAGGCUUCCCGGUGCAAAACCAGCCGCUAGACCCGCCACAGGUCGCCGCCAGCCUAUAUCUCGUAACAACGUCACCACAAGCAGCUCAGGAGCUGAUUACGCCUACGUGGAGGUCAUGGCCUGUCCUGGUGGGUGCACGAAUGGCGGCGGCCAGAUCCGAGUCGAGGACGCCAAAGAAGCCAUCGGUUCUUCGCAAGGAAUGGCCCUAGACGCGUCUAUGAAGCCAUCACCACACGAGCAGCGCGCGUGGCUUGCUCGCGUUGACGAGGCUUAUUUCUCCAUGGAAUCAGAGUCUGAAUCUGAACUGGAUACUCAGUCCCAAAAGUCUUCAUUGGCUGACAAAGACGCUAAAAUUCAUCAAGGCUUACGGCACUGGUCAGAAUACAUGAAUAUCCCCCUCUCUAAGCUCGUUUAUACUACCUACCGCCAGGUAGAAAGUGAUGUUGGCAAGGAUCAAACACCUGCUAAUGAUACAAGCCGGGUCGUGGAGCUUGCGGGGAAGAUUGGUGGUGGUUGGUAA